UCGAUCUAAAUUCUAAACCCUGAUCUCCUGCAAACAAAAGAAACCCUAGCUUCCGUCCGUCUCUCAUGGUAAAAAAGAAGAAGAAAAAAUAGGAGCGAAAAUAUCAAAAUUCCUGGAAAUUAAUGCGGAAAAUCUUCGAAUCUAUUAGGGUUUCAAAUGAGAAGGCUCGUCGUAUUCACACUCUAGUCCAUGCUUCUUGUUCGUGAUCUUCACGAUUUUUCCGAGGAUUCCGUUUUUUUUUUUUCGUGGCAUGUUGGUUGAGGUAUGUAUCGUUCCAUUUUGCUUGACUAUGGAUCUGUAUAAGUGGUAGAUGAGGUUUGAUCGUUAAUUAUGUGUCAUUCCGGGGGAUUUUUGUGAUGGUUUUGGUGGACAGAUCUCUAAAAUGCGCAGGGGCAUGAAUGAUGGAAUGUGAAAAUUGGGGAUUUUCGAUUUGGGUGUCUGGAUUUAUGAAAGUUAAUGGAAAAUAGAGUAGAAAACUCACAUGGCGCUACAAUUCCUAAGAAAUCUAGAUCUCUGGAUCUUAAGAGUUUGUAUAAAAAUAGGGCAACGAAAGAGCUUCAGAGUAGGAAUUUGAAGAGGAAUAAUAGUAGCUCUGAGGAUGGUGACUAUAGGAGGAACAAGAAGAAGAAUAGGAAAGAGGUUUCUCUGAGUAGUUUACAAAAUGUUAAUGAUAGCAGCAAAAAGAGUGUGGAUGGAGUGUAUAGUGGUCAGUCAAAUUCCAGUUCCCAUGAUACGAAGGAUCUGAAUUCGGGUUUGAGUCAGAAAUUGAAUAGCAGUAGUGGGUUUGAUGCUGUUUCUCAUAGUUUAAAUGAUAAUUUCAUUUGGAUUCCGAAGCGGAAGAGGGGUUUUACUGGUCGAAAGAAGUUUGAAGGCCAUCAAGUGUUGAAGUCGGCGGGCGAGUCUAGUAGUCAAGUAGCCCUUGUUGAUCAGAUAGACAAGUCAAGCCCCGAUGAUUCAGAUGCCCAGGUUGAGUCUUCAAAAGUUAAACUAAAAAAGGGUUUUGACGAAUUUAAGGAAAAUGGAAAUAGUGAGCCGAAUUUGGCCAUGCACUCAAAUGAAGAAGGGCAUGCAGGUGUUUUGGUUGCGACCAAUGGUGACUUGUCUUUGAAAAAGUCUCUAAGGAACCGGAGAAAAAGGAGGGAUUUGAUACCAGAUCGUAAAACUGUAGUGGAGGAGGCUGUGUCCUUGGUUGAUAAUUCUGUUACUACAUCUGAUGAGUCACGGGAAGAUGAUGAGGAGAAUCUUGAAGAGAAUGCGGCGAGGAUGCUAUCAUCACGGUUUGAUCCUAGCUGUACUGGGUUUUCUUCAAACAGCAAGGCUUCUGCAUUGCAAUCCAUGAAUGGGUUGUCUUUUUUCUUAUCUUCAGGACGAGAUUUUGUUGGUCGUAGGUCUAAGUCAUUAUCUGGGUCAGAAUCUGCAUCUGUUGAUGCUGCUUUUAGAGUAUUGAGACCAAGGAAGCAGCACAAAGAGAAAGGACAAUUGAGGAAAAGGCGCCACUUCUAUGAAAUUUUCUUUGGGGACUUGGACCCAUAUUGGGUAUUGAACCGGCGAAUCAAGGUCUUUUGGCCUUUGGACCAGAGCUGGUAUUAUGGCCUUGUGAAUGACUAUGACAAAGAAAGAAAACUUCAUCAUGUCAAAUAUGAUGAUCGCGAUGAGGAAUGGAUUAACCUCCAGAAUGAGAGGUUCAAACUUUUGUUGCUGCCUAGUGAAGUUCUUGGUAAGGCAGGGCGGAGAAAAUCAGCUAAUAGAAAUUCCGCUGAGGGAAAAAGAAGCUUGAAGAGUAGAGAAAAGGAAACUAGAGGCUUGACUAAAGAGGAUGAGAGUUGUGUAGGCAGCUUUAAGGACUCAGAGCCCAUCAUCUCAUGGUUGGCUCGGUCAACUCGUUGGAUCAAAUCUUCUCCCUCUAGUGCUGCAAAGAAACAGAAGACAUCUGGUCCAUCUUUGCAGCCUGGGUCUGCAGGUUCGUCUGACGAAACUUUAAAUCCGCAUCAUUGUUUGGAUGGGGGUUCUUUGAAAAGAGAUCAGGAUGAGAGUAAAUUACCUGGUAAUACCAAUUUUUCAGGCAGACUAUCCGAAGCUGUAAGGCUCGAGAGGCAUACCAUGGCUACCGCUUGCCCCAAAGAUAGAAAACUGCCUAUUGUUUAUUUUAGGCGGCGGCUGCACAAAACAGGCCGAGACUUGUAUCAUACAUCCAAGGAUGCUCCUGUAUCAAGAAGUACACCUGAUUCUGUUGCAUCAUGUGCUCCUCUUGUUGAUGAAAUUGGUGAUUCCGAAGAGCACAAUGUUUCUCCUGGAAGGUUGGACCCUGAUUUGUUUGACAAUGUAGGGUUGUUGGAUUUCUCUUUUUCAUCAAUAAAGUCUGGGCAAAUCAGGUUCGAGUUAAGCUUCCCGUUGCACUUAGUCCUGAAUGACUCAUUUGGAGCAGAUAACUUUUGGUUCUUUCGAGCUAUAUUAUUACUUCAGCAUGGAAUGGUGAUGACCAUCUGGCCAAAGGUUCACUUGGAGAUGCUUUUCAUUGAUAAUGUAGUUGGACUGAGGUUUCUCUUGUUUGAAGGUUGCUUCAAGCAGGUUUUAGCCUUUGUUUUUCUCGUCCUGAGAGUAUUUCAUGACCCAAAGGAACAGGGUAAGUGUUUAGACUCUCAAUUGCCAGCAACUUCAAUUAGGUUUAAAUUCUCAGGUGUUCAAGAUCUUAGAAAGCAGCUUGUGUUUGCAUUCUACAACUUCUCUGAACUGAAGAAUUCGAAGUGGGUGUACCUAGACUGUAAACUUAAGAGGCAUUGUUUGCUUACCAGGCAACUACCUCUGUCAGAAUGCACUUAUGAUAACAUUCAUGCAUUUCAAAAUGGAAGAAAUCAAUUCCCUAUCACUUCUGAUCGUGCGUGGACCUCCUCUGUCAAGGACUUAUGGAAUAAGUCUAAGCAGGGUGUAAGUGUCAUGGGGUUGGCCAGAGAUUGUACCCUCAUGAAGAUCAACAAGCCGUCAUCUAAUUUCAAUGAGAUGUGCUGGAAACUUGCUCCAUUUGCUCUUUGUUUUUCUGCUGCACCUACAUUUUUUCUUAGCUUGCAUCUGAAGCUGCUUAUGGAACAUCGUGUUGCUCAUGUCAGUUUCCGGGACCGUGAUUCAGUAGAGCAUCCAGAAAACUCUGGGAGUUCGAGGGCAGAUGACUGUUUUACUAUGGAGAACUGCUCUAAGGAUAUUGUUGGGAUUAAUACUGUUUGUGAUGGAUGGAUUUCUCGUGGCAAAUCAGACGAUGGAGAUUGCAUAAACUCCUCUUGGAACUCCAAAAAUGUUGAUCUUGAUUUCUCUAGAAUGUCUUCCAGUUCCCGGGAUUCUGAAAAGGCUGGAACCAAUGCCACUGUCCAGCUACAGAAGUGGCAAAGCCACCAUUCUGAUCAGGAAGAAUGUGCUUUAUUGCCAAGACCUUCAGUUGACAGAGAUAUGUCUGAUACCAGUUCCCAAUCUUUUUUGAAUGAUUUGAGUGUUGAAAUUCCGCCAACUAAUCAAUUUGAGAAGCCUGAGAAUGGUGAAUUACACAAUGCUCAGCAUUCUACAGAUCUGUCUUGGAGUAGGAAUGGUGGCAUCAUCCCCAGCCCCAACCCUACUGCUCCAAGGAGUACAUGGCAUCGAAAUAAAAAUAAUUUUUCGUCAUUUGGGUACCUCUCACAUGGAUGGACAGAUGGAAAAUCUGACAUCGUCCAAAAUGGCUUUAGCAAUGGACCUAAAAAGCCACGAACUCAGGUUUCAUACUCGUUGCCUCUUGGAGGUUUUGAUGUUAACUCGAAGCAUAGAAAUCAUCACCAGAAAGUGCUUCCUCACAAACGAAUCAGAAGGGCUAAUGAGAAGAGAUCAUCAGAUGUUUCUGGAGGCUCUCAAAGGAACGUGGAGUUGUUAUCUUGUUAUGUAAAUGUGUUGAUCACACUUGGUGACAGAGGGUGGAGAGAAUGUGGAGCACAACUUGUACUAGAGCUUUUUGAUCAUAAUGAGUGGAGGCUUGCUGUAAAACUUUCGGGGGCUACAAAAUAUUCAUACAAGGCACAUCAGUUUUUGCAGCCUGGGUCAACAAACCGUUACACUCAUGCCAUGAUGUGGAAAGGAGGAAAAGAUUGGGUUUUGGAGUUUCCAGAUAGGAGUCAGUGGGCUCUUUUCAAGGAGAUGCAUGAAGAGUGUUACAAUCGCAAUAUUCGUGCUGCUUUGAUUAAAAACAUUCCCAUUCCUGGGGUUCACUUGAUAGAGAAAAACGAUGAUAAUGGAACAGAAAUGGCAUUUGUUCGCAGUUCUUCAAAAUACAUCCGUCAGGUUGAAACAGAUGUUGAGAUGGCUUUGAAUCCAUUACGUGUCUUAUAUGACAUUGAUAGUGACGAUGAGCAGUGGAUUUUGAACAAUCCAACUUCCUCUGAAACCAACAUCUGCAGCUCAGGAAAGAUCACUGAGGAGAUGUUUGAAAGGACAAUGGACAGGUUUGAGAAGGCUGCAUAUGCUCAAGAGCGUGAUCAGUUCACAUCUGACGAAAUUGAGGACCUCAUGGAUGGAGUUGGACCCAUGGAUGUAACCAAAUCCGUUUAUGAGCAUUGGCGUCGAAAAAGGCAGAGGAAAGGAAUACCUUUAAUCCGACAUCUUCAGCCGCCACUAUGGGAAAGGUAUCAACAAGAAGUUAAUGAGUGGGAGCUAGCUAUGGCCAAAGUCAAUACCCACCUCCCUAAUGGAUGUCAGGAGAAGGCUGCACCAAUGGAAAAGCCACCCAUGUUUGCUUUCUGUUUAAAACCACGGGGUUUGGAAGUUCCCAACAAGGGGUCCAAGCAAAGGUCUCAGAGGAAGUUUUCAGUUGCUGGGCAAAGCAAUGCAUUCUUUGGAGAUCAGGAUGGUUUCCUUGCUUUUGGAAGAAGAUUGAAUGGGAUUGCUUUUGCUGACGACAAGGUUGCAUAUCUGGGUCAUAGCUAUGAAUCUUUAGAUGAUUCCCCUUUGCCCCAGGUAUCUCCAAGGAUAUUUUCAUCACGGGAUGCAGGCAGCACGGGGUUUUUCUCUAUGAGCAAUGAUGGGUUUGAUAGGAAUCAACUCCCAAGAUUUCAGAGGAACAAGUCAAAGAAACUCGGGACAUUUGCAUCUCUGAAUGACCAGCGGAUGGUGAUGUCAUACAAUCAGGGAAUUAUGGACAAGAGAAAUGGGGUUCAUAGAUGGAAUAUGGGAUCACCUGAGUGGCCAAGACAGCAGCAUUAUCACUUGGAUGGAUCUCAGAGGCACAGUAUUGAACAGUUGGAUGGCUCUGAUCUUGAUGAGUUCAGGUUGCGCGAUGCAUCUGGUGCUGCGCAACAUGCAGUUAACAUGGCUAAGCUCAAGAGAGAGAAGGCUCAGAGGUUGCUUUAUAGAGCCGAUCUGGCUAUUCAUAAGGCAGUGGUUGCUCUAAUGACUGCUGAAGCGAUCAAAGCCUCUUCUGAGGACUUAAAUGGUGAUGGGUAGAGUCACCAAAUGAAAUAUUAUGAUCAAGAGCUAGAAAUUCACCUAUUCCUCCAGCCUGCUGUUCACAUUGACAUCGUUUCGAAUGGAAUCAAUCUGGUUUAUACUUCUUCAGUGGAGGCGGCAGUUUGUCAUUAUUCAUAGAUUCGGUAAUGAUCUUCUAACAUUGAGGUUCUGAGCAGCGAAAGGGGAGAAAGGAUUUGCUGCUUCAACAGUGUGAUUUGCCACUUCCAUCAGUUUUUUUGGUUCAGUGCAAUUGUUGCAGUACUGAUCGUGCAGGUUAUAGGGGCUUUCAUGGAGUUUUGGCUGCCAAAUCGUUGUACAGGAAUUUUUUUUUUUUUAUUAAUAUUUUUGCUUCUUUUUCCUCUCCCUCCUUAACCGCAGUGUAUGGUUCGGUAAUUAAAGCAGCACUUGGUGCAAAUAAUACAACACGACGUGAAUGGAA